CUUAUCACUGAUCCCUAUUAUUUUCUCCACCAUUCUCUUAUCUCUUAUCUCUUAUCUCCAAAUUCCUUCAUUUCAAUGGAGCAAAUGAAUAAAACUUUCCCUUUUUUAGGAAGAAGGAGGUCUGCCAAUAGAGAGAAUUCUUUGCCGGAUGAAAGAAUUCUGCCAAUAGAUCCGCCUGCUCCAUGACAAAUCGUAAAUUGAUUUCUGCCGGAAGAAAGAUUACUUGCCGGAAGAAAGUCCAUAAAAAAUGCUCCAUGUCCGCAGGAAGUUCGCAUUCAAGCAUCUAUAUCCCGUACGGAAAUUCAACUAUUUGAAAGCCAGUUGGAAGAAGGUGGGUUGUAUGCCAUGUGUAAUUUCACUGUCAAGGCGAAUAAUGGAAAGUGGAGACCGGCAUCACACCCUUUCAGGUUACAAUUCCAUGAAGGAACUAAGGUUAACUGUCAGGAAUUAAAAGACCAUAAGGACUUUCCCCUACACAUUUAUAAUUUUACUUCUUUCAACGAUAUUCACAACUGCCCUGAUGGAAAAAGUACUACAGAUCUCAUUGAUGUAAUUGGUGUGUACAAUCCCCUAGACAAAUUCAGUAAGCAUUAUACCGAUUCAGGAUCAACAUACACUAACUUUUAUAUUCGGGACAUCGAGAAUAAAAGUCUCUUUUGUACUUUAUGGAAUGUGUAUGUGGACCAGUUUGAGACGUAUUUAUCUCACUUAUGUUCUUCACUUGAUUAUAUUAUUCCUUUCGUUUUCCAUGUUCACUACUCUUCUAAGAACUUGCUCAUUUUUAUAAUAACUUUUUAAUUUUAGACAUUAAAAUUUUAUAUGCUAUACCACUUAUGUAUUUAAUUUCACUUUUGGUUUGUUCAUAGCAACUUUGGUCUGUUCCCAGCCAAACGCAGGUUCAUAUAAAACUUAUCCACCUCCAGUUUAGAGGUAGUCUUCUUAAGUACAAUUUUUGAAACUUCAGGCAAAUUCUUUCACCUAUUUUUCGAAUUUAAUCCCAAUUAGUCCUAAAGUAAUCAAUUUGAUGAUUCUGGAUACACACAUUCAUCAAAAGUUUUGGUGUUUAAAACAUAUACAAAGGAGUACUGCCUCGAUAAAUAUGAUGAAUCCUAACUUACAUUCUUAAUUUAACGAAAUAAAGUGUACUUGAGUAAUCAUAAUGUGUUGAUUAUCUGAAUGAUUGGGCAGAUUAGUUUGGUUAGUCUAUGAACUCUCUCUUAAUACGUAUCUCUUUGUUAAUAGUAAUUAUCUCUACUCUAAUAGAUUUCAUUUUUAUUCUAAUUACGAUUACAUUUAUUAAAACUAUAUGUAAGUUGUACAUUAACUUAACACACAUGAAGCACCAGAAUGACAAGCUGCAUUCAACACAACCAAGCUUUUAGGAAAUGAACUCCCCAGAAGGAAAAGUUCUAUUUUGAUUAUUUCCAUGUAACUAAAUCAAACUUUUGAAAUUGCACUUUUGAAAUUUAAAAAAAUGUGUAUCUUUCCCAAUUAGUUAUGUAACCAGUUACUGAAUAAGUAUCAAAUGUCAUACUCACAUGUUAGAUUGAAUAAAUAUUCUUAGCAAAGAAGCCUGAAAGGCUGAUUGUUAUUUCUAUAAUAAUUUAAUAAACGUAUUCUGAAGCAGGACUAUUCAACGCUCAUAUAAUUUAAUGAGUGUACUGUGAUGAGGAUCUUAAUGAGGUCUCCUUUUAAAUGUUCAGGACUAUAACUCCGAUGAGGAUCUUGAUUUACUUUUUUCAUCUCCAGUCACAGUUGAAUCUAAUAUAACACCAUCUUCAACUGAAGACGACAUCAUAAUACAAACCACCCCUUCUUCAACAUUAAAGAGGCCUUCAAACGCUGAGCAACAUGUUGACUCUUCUACGCAGAGUUCAACAAAUAAGAAACUCAAGGGAAUCAAGAUUGAAAAGCCGGAUGCUUGAGCAUUAUCUUUUCGUUUACUUUGUUCUUUUACUUUUCGGAAUUAAUGUUAUUUACCUUGUUUAUUUGUGUUUUAGUAAGUUAGCUUCUGUUUCAGACACUAGAUACAGUUCCUUUUAUGAACGAAUAAUAUUCAUUUGCAAUUUCUAAAUGCAAAUGAUGAAUCAAUAUGCCAAGCUCGACUGGAAUAAAUCUUUUCACUUCUAUAUACUUCGUAUUA